AUGCAAUGUCCAUUUUUAGACCACAAUUAACAAGUAGAGAGAUUUUGUAUAAAUUUAAAUUGUUGUGAAAAAAUGCGCUUAUCUUGCAAUUAAUGCCAUUAAGAAAGCUUUCAUAUUGGUCAUUAAAAAGAUUAACAAUUAAUUUCUAAUUUACCUAAUUAUGUUGAAGAAAUAUCAAAUAAAUGUGAGAAGGAAAUGAUUUAGAUAUUGACGGAAUUGAGUGAUUAAAUUAACUAAAUGAUUUUUUUACUCAAAGAUAAAAUUAGAACAUAGUUUUAAAUCUCUUUAGAAAGGCUAAAGACAUUGAAUAACAUUUAAGUAAAUCAAAUGUUAUGUCAAUUUAUAAAUCUAAACAACGUUAGCCAAGAAAUAAUAGAAUUAAAAGUUGUAGCUCAAAUCUUAUUAACUACAUUAGAUGAAAGAAUUAAAAACCUUGAUUCUAGCCAGCUAAGUUAUAAAUAAUAAUCUUCUUAGGAUAUUGCUGAAGCCAGAUAAUAUUACAUAGAAGGUAAAUAUUUUACUUUAAUUAAGGUUUGACAUUAUUUUAAAAACAUGAUUAUGUAAAAGCCUUGUCUGCAUUUGAUACAUCUUUAAUGAUCAAUCCAAAUUAGAUCAAUGUUAUGUUAUGGAAAGGUAAAAUAAAAGGAUAAUUUUAGGUGAUAGCUUAUAUUAUUGUAAUUCUUACUAAGAUGCUCUUAUGUAAUUCAAAUAAGUUUUAAAAUUAGAUUAAUCUAACAUAGACUCCUUGUAUGGAAUCGGUAUAAAUAGAUUUUAUUAAAUUAGGUAAUUGCUUAUAUAAGUUAAACUAAUAUAGCGAAGCAAUCUGUUGGUUUGAUAAGAUUUUGGUAUUGAACUCAAAACAUGUGAAGACUUUAACAAAAAAAGGUAAAUAAUUUUAUUCCACAUAAAUAGGAGACUGUUUAUAAGAAAUGAACAAUUAUUAAGAAGCUAUCUUUUGUUAUGACAAAGCUAUAUGUGAGGACCCUAGUUAAUUUUGGACAAUACAAUCAAAAGGUUAGAUGAUAUUAAUUUUUAUAGGAUCUUGCUUAUAAAAACUUAAAAAAUAUUAAGAAGCCAUUUCUUGUUAUGAUAAAGCAUUAAUGUUAGAUUAGAAUAAUCAAAUUGUUAAAUCUUAAAAAAGCUAUUGCGAAUAAAUGUUACAAAAAUGAG